CUUGCUGUUUUCCGGUGUGAGCUGUAACUGUUCAGCUUGACACGAGCGAGUACAAGCUACUUGCAAGCAGCGGACGUACAAAGAGAGAGUGUCAGAACCUGCAGCGAUGGGCGUGAAACUGUACUAUACCACCGUUACCGCCUCACGGACGGUAAAGUCUCAACAAGCGGAGGUCGUCCGGAUUCUCGAAAGUAAAAGCAUCAAGUACGAGCUCAUCGACAUCUCCGUGGGCGGUGAGCUCCGGGAGGAAAUGAGAAGCAAAGCAGGAGACCCCAGUGCAGUCCCUCCCCAGUUUUUCAAUGAAGACCAAUACUGUGGGAACUAUGAGAUGUUUUCAGAGGCAGUGGAAGCAGAUACAGUGGAACAGUUUCUGAAACUGGCAUGAGGAUGGUGGGAUGUUGACCCGCUCCCUCUAAACCUCCAUCCCCUGCAAACACUUCCCCUUCCACCCUGUGUCCUGUUGGAGGCCCCACAGUACAUGUCUCUCUCCACCACUGAUGGUGUCUGCCUGCUUUCUACGCCAUAAUGAAGAAUGCCAAAUAUCUUGAAUCCAACUAAUCAGAAGACCUACAUUCCCCUUUACUGCAAAUGAGUCUUAAUUUCUUUUUUUUUUUUAGUUUUCCGACAUUUACACGUGUUAGACUAUGUUAUGAUGUACCUCCUAAUCCAGCAGGAAUCAAUGUGCAGUAACGAGGUCGACUAAUUUUGGCUGUGGCCGCUAGAGCUCAGAAACUCUGUUCCAUCUGCAAGGAAAACACACAAAUAUCAUCAUCAUUAGUUAGCCUUAACUAGUUUUUAUCCUCCAUAUUCCCAUAUUAUUCAUGAUCGCACACUAAGUCUAAAUGAGUUUUCAAAUUUAAAUGGUUGGACGUGAAAGUAGUACACAUUCAUAGAUAUAUAAGAUAUAUACACAUUCAAGAAUAAAUAUUUUGAUCUGUUAAGGCUUGAUGCAGUUUAGCAUGAAGUUCAGUGCUGACCCAACCUGAAAAUUAUGGAAAUUAUAACAUGCUUUGCUCUGCAUUGUUGAAAGUAGUGCUUUGAUAAAAAUGUACCAGUUUUUGGACCAAUCAGCUUCACCCACAUCCGGUUUAGACAUCUUGCACCUAACUUUAACCUCCAUCAACCAACUGUUCACCCAACCAAAGAAACGGUAAAACCAACCACCACUUUUGAUUUGAUUUCUUCCUUCAAAAGACAACCCCUGGUUUGACAUCUCAAGAGAUGCCUGCUUAAGGUUUGCACCCAGCUUACACGUUUAGUGCCAAUAGACUCAUUCUCUAAUGUGGAUAAUCUCUGCAGUGUUAGCAUUUAUUCGUCCUCUUCUUGUUUUACCAAUCGGAGAUGCUGUGUAUUGCUGACUGAUGCUGGGAAAACAUCGGUGUUGUUGGGCAAAAGAUGCCAAACAAGAGGAAAGAGUAUUCCAUACUGAAGGUUUACAUUUAGUUUUAAGUCUUCCCAAACUUGGGGAACAUUCACCACGUGGGGAAAAAUUAAGGCUUCCCUCGGUGUGUUUGCAUUCAUUCCAUGAAUCCAUCUUGGUUGAAAUAAAAUGCACAUGUUUUUCAGCAGUUGUCCAAGAUGUUUGCACCCCCUCCUUCCUUCAUAACAUCUGUUGACUUGUCCCUUGUGAUUUCCUCACAAUGAUUGUGCAUCGUUUUGUAGAUGUUUGCCUGCUAUUGAUGUAUAUUCACUAUGAAUCAUUCUUUAGACAUUCCAUUCUGAGCUCCUGCAUUGCUUUUUGGACCAACUCGCCUUGGCCAAGAAAAAAAGAGGAGAAAAUAGGGACUAAAAAGCAGUUGUCUUCCAAGAAGAUUGUGAGAAGUGAUUUAUGCAUUAAAAUAAAGAGCUGAAUCAA